GCGGCUGCGCGGCCCCGGGGAGCUCCGGCGGGAGGCGGGCGCUGCCGCCGUGAGGCUGUACUCGCGCCUGGGGCGCGGCGUCGCGCGGGUGCUCGUGGAGGGCACGCCGGCCGUCGUCACGGCGAAGGGCGCCAACAGGUCCUCGAGCGCCAUGCUGGCGCGCACCAGCACCGCGGGCCGCGCCUGGGCGCUCGGCUCGGACCCCGACGAGCGGGCCCGCGACGACUUCGCGCGCAGGUGCAAGGUGGUGCUCAGCGUCCGCUCCGACCGCACCGACCUGCUGCCGCUGGACGCGAUGAGGGGGUUCUGCGAGACUACGGACUCGCCGUUACAGUGCCGCAUCCGCCUGGUCGGCCGCCUCAGGCAGGCGUACAACGACGGGAGCAGCAUCUGGGACUUCUGCAUAUCGACCUACCAGUGGUUCCAGGACAUGUACGGCAUGCACUGCCCAGCGCAGUGCGAAAAGCUGCAGUGCAAGGCCACGUGCGAGUGGCUAGAGGCCAAGAAGGUAGUCGACGCCCAGGGAAAGGCCGUCGCGGGGGACCAGCUCAAGUUGGAUGCUGACGACGCCGUCAUCCAGUCGUUGAAGAAGGCCAAGAAGGAGGCUGAUCAGAAGCAGCUGAACCAGUCAAGGGCGGUCGAGCAGGCUGAGGUCGACUUGAAUCGGACGAUAGCCAAGGUCAACGAGACUUCCCGGUACAAGAUAGAGGCCGAGGAGAAGGUGACGGCGCAGAGAAAUGCCACCAGCAAGUUGGAAGGCGAGCAGAGCGAGUUGGAGCACAGAGUCGAGGUGCAGGAGGGCCAGCUGACGGAGCUGAAGUUCCAGCUCGAGCUCAGCACCCAGAAUGCCACGUUUGCCGCGAACGCGGUGGAGCGCCUCAGGAAGAAGAUAGCCGAGGGGAACGCGAGCCUCGCGAGGCUCGAGGAGGAGAGUGCCAACGCCUCAGCCCUCCUCGAGACGCUUGGCGCGGACGUGGGGAACGCGUCGGCGCGCCUGGACGAGCUGGCCCGGCAGCUUGAGGAACGGAACGCCACGGCGCGGAAGUGGGAGGCGAAGGCGCGAGAGGCGGAGGAGAUGUUGAGCGGGAUGAACAAGUCCGCGGAGGACCUGGCGCAGGUGCAGGACCUGGCGGAGCAGCAGAGGGGGCGCCUCAACGAGGCCCUCGACCAGGCCUCCGACACCAGGCGCCAGAUCGCCAGGGAGGAGAACGAGCGGGCCUCGGCCCAGGCGGCCCUCGAGCAGGCGGAGAAGCACGCGGGGGAGGUCGGCGAGCGGAAGAAGGGGCUGCAGGCUGAGCUCGAAGGCUUGCAGGGGGAGCUCGCGGCGGCCACGGCGGAGGCCGAGCGGACGGGGAAUCUGACCCAGAUGCUGUCGGAGGAGCACCACUCCAAGCAGCAGGCCCUGGCCGCGGAGACGGAGGAGCUGGCCAAGGUGGGCAGGGCCCUGGACCUCGAGGAAGGGGUCCUCGCCGAGGAGCAGGCCGCGCUCGACAAGGCCGCCGCGAGCGCCGCCGCGGCUCAGGGGGCGCAGGGGCUUGCAGAGGAGUCCCUGGCCGAGCACAGGCAGCUGCUCGAGGAGAGCACGGCGGCGGUGGACAUGCUCCGUGAAAGGAUAGAGGAGGACACCCGCGACUACGAGCACGACUUGCAGCGGCUGGCCGAGGAGAUCGACAGCCACCGCAACGCCAGCGCGCGGCUUCUCAAAAGCACGCCAGAGAUCGUGCACCAGCACGGCCUCGCGCUCCUCAGCUUCGCCGCCAGUGAGCGCUGA